UUGAUUGCUUUCGCAAAUGUUAAUGCAUUUCAAGUAAAGGAAAGCAAUGAUAUUUAUCAAGAAGUGAAAGAUUCAAGAAAUUUUACGGGAAAAGUAGUUUUGGUGACCGGAAGUGCUUCGGGUAUUGGAGAACAGAUUGUGAAACUAUACUCAGCUCUCGGGGCGAGUGUUGUCGUCACCGGUAGAAAAGCCGCAGAGAUUUCAAAAGUGGCCAAAGAAGUACAGCAAUUGUCACCGAAAAAAUUAAAGCCGUUAGAAGUGACCGCAGAUCUGACCAAAGAUGAAGAUUUGCAACAUUUGUUUAAUGAGACCAUAAAAGCGUACAAAGGAUUGGAUGUAUUGGUCAAUAACGCCGGUCUGUUUCUAAAGGCCGACGCAACCGAUAAAGACUUUUUGUCCGUUUUGGACAAAUCGGAAAAAAUAGACUUAAGAGACUCACUAGAGUUGAUCCGACUCAGCGUUCCGUAUCUCCAGCAAUCAAAGGGAAGUGUAGUUAAUAUUGACAGCACUUUUACUGAACACCCGCAAAAACAUUAUUUGGCGUACGAAUUGGCCAAACAAUCAUUAGAAAUGGCAACAAAAGUAUUAUCACUUGAGUUGGCCCCACAAGGCAUACGUGUCAAUACAAUUAGUGCCAGUUUUGUUCAGUCACAUCCUCUUAAUGAAACGGAUCCAUACGAAGUGGCCUUUUAUAAGAAAGUGGUCAAAACGACACCAUUGGGACGCAUCGGCGCCACCAUUGAUAUCGCCAAAGGAGUGGUUUUCCUGUCCUCAUCGGACGCCUCAUUCAUAACGGGACACAAUCUGGUGGUCGACGGAGGGCUCAAAUAUAACAUGGAUUCCGAUUAUAUGAAUGUUAAUUAA